AUGGCCUACAUGGACAAUGUCAUCAUCCUCAGCCAGAGCUACACCGAAGCCCGUCACCACACCACCUUCACUCUCCACCUCUUCAAGAAGCUGGGGUGGGUAGUGAACACUGAGAAGUCCGACACCACCCCAAGCCAGUGCAAGGAGUUCCUUGGGCUGAUGCCCACGACCUACGACAUGACAUUGACCGUCUCCUCUGACACGCCAAGACACAUGGAUCAGUCCCAGUCUGUUGUCAGCCAGGGCGUGGCCCUCACAAGAGCAAUUCUCCCGGCGAAGCUCCUGCUUCGCAAUGCCUACCGCGACAUUGGCCGGUGGAUGAGCUGGAACAGCUCCAUCAAGCUCUCGCCGGCGACCACCAACGACCUUGAGGAGUGGCGCCACGGCCUCUCCACAUGGAACGGGAGGAUCACAGUCCUCCGCCCACACAACAUCAUCCUUGAAACCAACGCCUCCCUAAGUGGCUGGGGAGCGAGUUCGAGCUGUUGGACCCUUACGGCAGCAGGCUGGUGGUUGAGCGAUGACAGCAAGAGCCACAUCAACGUCCUUGAGCUUGCCGUGGUGCGCAACACUAUCCUUGCCCUGCAACUGCACCUUCAAGGAAAAGUGAUCCUCAUGCGAUGCGACAACAUCGCGACAGUGGCCCACCUCAACCACAUGGGUGGACGGAGCAUAGCCAUGAACAGGGUUUGGAAGGAGAUCCAUCUCCUCUGUGAACGCCUCCACAUCCAACUCUCAUCAGCCUACCUUCCUGGCCUCUGCAACAGUGAAGCUGACUGCCUCAGCCAUCUCCACCCUCACCACAAAUGGCAUCUCUCAAGAGAGGCCUUCAAAUUGAUCAACAAGAAGUGGGGUCCCCACUCCAUCAACCAGACAGCAACCAGGGAGAACAGACAACUCCCACAGUUCAAUUCAAGAUUCAUGGAAGCAGACAGCAAAGCCACAGACUGCCUCCUCCAAGACUGGAGGAACGACAACAACUGGACAGCGCCCCCAAUCGCCCUCAUCCCUCACAUCCUCAACCUCGUGGAGCGCCAAGGAGCGACCGCCACGAUCAUGGCCCCCAUCUGGCCGGGCUGCAGGUGGGCCAGUCACCUGCAGCGGCUGUCGAUCGACUCCCCGGAUCUCUGGCUGCCCAACCCAGCUGGAUGGUCCCCAGCCGCAGCCAACCUGCUCAACCAGGCGCUUGCGGCAUCCACCUGGCGUCGAUACGCCAGCAAUCUCCGCCGCUUCCGCAGCUACUGCCUGAGCCACGGGCACAGCUUCCCCCCACAGCAGCCCAUAGCGGUGGGGCUAGUCGCCAGCUUCCUGGAGUCCACCACCAGGAGCAGCCAGCGCCCCUGA